AUGCUCUUUACCACAUAUUCCCUUUUCCUGGCAACAGCCAGCAUUUCCUUCGCUCAUCCCACGCCUUACAAGCCUGCCAUCGCCGAUGUCGACAUCCUCCAAUAUGCUCUAGCCCUUGAGCAUCUUGAGGACAAGUUCUACCGUGAGGGUCUCGCCAACUUCACCUUGCAACACUUCAUGGAAGCUGGCUUCAAUGAGACUUUCUACGACAACCUCAAAGAAGUCUCAUACGAUGAAACGACUCACGUCUCUUUCCUUACUAGCGCUCUCAAAGCUGCCAACGCGACACCAGUCGCAGAGUGCACGUACUCUUUCGGGGUAACAUCUGUUGCAUCCUUCAUUGCCACAGCAUCUAUCCUCGAGGGUGUUGGUGUUUCCGCGUAUCUUGGCGCCGCAGCCUCUAUAGUGAACAAAGACUACCUUACUGCUGCCGGCUCCAUCUUAACCAUCGAAUCGCGACAUUCUUCAUACCUGCGUGCGGCACAAAAACAGUCGUCAUUCCCGCAGGCCUUUGAUGCCCCGUUGGGCUUCAACGAAGUGUAUACCCUUGCAGCACCAUUCAUCACCAGCUGCCCAGAAGGUAAUGGAAAGUUACCGGUAAAAGCCUUUCCAAUGCUUGCCCUCGAAGCUUCGAUCACGAAUGUGACGACGAACUCGACAAUUGUGCUCGAUACCAAAGGAUCUACUUUACGCCUACCAUCCAACUCGGAACACGUCAACUGGUAUGCAGCGUGGAUCAGCGUAACAGGGCCAACAUUCACUCCGGCGACGUUGACUGGGAAUAAUGACAUGUUCAAAACCACGGUACCUUCAGGUUUUCAUGGGCAGAGUUAUGUGCUGAUUACCGGAAAGAAGGGGUGUAUGACUGAUGAUUGUGUUAUUGCGGGACCGGCGAUCGUGGAGGUUUCGGGAGCUAAUGGGAUAAUGUGA